AGACACAAAGUGGUUAAGCAGAGCCAGCAAGGGAUAGAGCCUGGAUUUAAGCCUCAGGGGUCUGACUCCAGAACUGACACUCUUAGCUCAGGGACAAACCUGCAGUUCCACCCAGUGCUCCCUGGUCAGGGGCCGUCCUCCAGUGCCCCAGUCAGCUCUGCUGAGACCAGAGCCACCCACCCCUGCACCCAGGGGCUCUCCUUGUCCCCCAUCCAUCACCAGAGCCCAGUGGUCUCACCUGUCGAUGCCUGGCUCUCGCUUGAUGUCUCAGUUCCGGAACAGAGAUGCUCCAGCUGCUACCUGGGAAGGCUUUGGCCCCAAAAAUAUUUAGUUAGCAGCCAUUCAGUUAAGUGGAAUUGA